AUGCAGAGUCGUGAAGCGCUGGCAAAUCGCUUAUUGUAUGGAGAUCUCACACGUCUAGUAACGAGUGAGGUCGGUACUACGCGUCCUGCCACGUUCCUGGACUUUAUUUUCGCUAUAGACGAGCUAUCUGACGCUCUAAAAUCCCACGCUCUAGCAGGCUCUCAACUGUUCGCUUCGACGCUUAUCCCGUACGUGUUUCGAUACUUGAACGUCGAUGUUUUCCCACGUGGGAACCCAGCUCUUCCAGAUGCUGUAGCUGAUACUGCGACCCUGUUGGCUGCAAUCUCGGAAGACGCAAUGAAUGCGCAGCGUCGUAAGACACAGCGCUUCCAAUACGACCCGGAAGGAUAUACUACUGCAAUACCGACUGACGUGGCGUAUCCUUCGACUGUCAACCUAAGUAAGGAUCUCACUGGGGUCUUCACUACCACAGUAUAUUGGGCGAACACAUUGAGUCAAGAAUUCUGGCUGGAAAGUGCAGAGUCUAUUGCUCCAGUGUCGUGGAAUCUCUUCCCUUCCAUUUCCUUUUUCACCGAUGAUACAGCAAUUUCUGCAACUUUACCAGCUCCGAUAGUAGCCGUCACCCUGCAUUCCUCGAGUAGCAGUCCAUUGAACGUCGUGGUUCGUCAUCAAAGCCGCUUGUUGCGCAACGGAGCCACAGACAAAGUGAACAAAUUGUUGCUGCAUCUCGAGUUUGGGAUUGCAGAAGUCACGGAAAAAUCUGCUGAUGGCUGCGCACAUUGCCGUGCGAACGAACCCGGGUGUGCACCUCUGAAAACUUGUUUGUUUUCAGCCAUCCAGAAUCCGAUCGCUCAACUGCAACAGCCCCAGUUGACGUGA